AUGACAAAGUCCAGCCUCUCCAUCAGCUACUAUGCUUUUACGGCGCUUCAUCUCGCAUGUUUUGCCCUCGCAAUCACCGUCUGCGGCCUUUACGGCACCGACCUGCAGCGGGCGAAACACUUUGAUGAUUACACCAAAUCCAAAUGGGUCUAUGCCGUCGUCGUCGGCGCUUUGACAGCGGCUACGUGUGCCCUCUACUUUAUCCCUCUCAUCAUUGAAGCCGCUGGGAUAUUCCUCGCCGUUUGGGAUCUAAUCCUGUUCAUCCUGUGGAUCACUCUGUUUGGCGUCUUCGGAAAGCUUUACAUCAACGAAAACGCUCAUGGGAACGGAGACGUCGAACGCAUGAAGCAUGCCGUGUGGGUAGACUUGACCAGUGCGCUCCUCUGGCUGAUUGCAACUGUCGCCGCUUCUGCAUACUGGUUGAAACAUCGCAAUACUCGCACCCGUUUCACCGGUAGAGCCAAGGUCUAG